AGACCAGCCCGAUUCAUAAGGUGAUAGGUAUCGGUGGCAGAAUGCCGCGAAGUAACGUGGCGGGUCCCGCCCAUGAGGUACGGCUGAUGCCGGCUGAACCGGUAUAACUCCUACCCCGAUUGCGGUAUUGCAGUCCCCUCUAACCGGUUGCUGCCGGUACGGGCAGCGGUUUUAAGAGCGGGCAAUGAGAAAUUUCGAUGAAGACGAGCCACCGCAUCGGUUAACCCUCCGGCCGUCGCGUCUCUUUCUCUAUAAUGAGAGUGAAAGAAACCACUAAGCUUUGGAGUUUUCACUGAUUAGCAUCUCUUUCCUUUGUAUUGCAUUGUAUCUGUUUGUAGAAAUUCCUCUGAGAGUGGAAGAUGGAUAUCUACGAAUCAACGAAGGUUGUGUUGGCGAGAAUUCAGAGCUUGGAGUCGGAUCAUGCAUCUAAGAUCAUUGGUUACCUGCUUCUACAGGAGCAUGGAGAUCGAGAAAUGAUUCGUCUGGCUUUUGGCCCCGACACCGCCAUCCGAUCACUCAUUAGCAGAGCCAAAGCCGAACUUGGGUUGUCGCCUUCAUCUUCGUCAUUGCUGCAUCCAUUGCAUCAGCAUCAUCAGCAGCAGCCGUUCCAAUUUUCGGAUGUGCCGUACCAAUUCUCGCCUUACUGCCCGGAAGCAGCGUCAAGGUUCCUGUUGCCUCACUGUGAUUCCUUGUAUCCUCCACAGCAGGACCCACAUAGCUUUUUCAAUCAGGCUGUCCAACAACAAGAUGGCCCACCACCACCACUGCUGCAGCAGCAGCAGCAACCUCAAUUGAUUGGUCUGGAGGACCCAUACGCAGUUGGAUCGGGUGGGGAGUACUUGGGCUUGAGAUUGACUGGGAGAGUAUCAUCGCCUCCUUCCAUGGUUGAUGUCCCUGCCAGGCAAUGCAACUACUUUGCAAAAGGAUACUGUAGGCACGGGACCGGCUGCAGGUUCCUGCACGGCGCCCGCCAGCCAAAUGGCCUCCCUUUGAGCCCCACCUCUGAGAUGGUAACAUCAGCAGCUGUCGAUGAUGAGGAGCAUCAAAUUUCGUCCAGCACGCUAGAGAGGCUAGAGAGUGAGCUUUUAGAGCUCCUCCGUGCCAAGAGGACUCCCGUCUCUAUUGCUUCUCUGCCCCAGCUUUACUUUGAUAGAUUUGGGAGGACUCUGCAGGCAGACGGUUACCUUACUGAAAGCCAGCGCCACGGCAAGGCUGGUUACAGCCUCACUAAAUUGCUGGCCCGCUUGAAGAACACCAUCCGUGUCAUCGAUAGCAGGCCUCACGGACAGCAUGCAGUGGUUCCAGCAGAGGAUGCGCCAAGGUUCACCAUGUACAGAAGCCAGCACCCGAAUGGAACAGUGUCGGCAGCUGGUUCUCGACAAAUUUACCUGACUUUUCCAGCUGAGAGUGCCUUCUCUGAGGAAGACGUUUCAGACUAUUUCAAGACUUAUGGGCUGGUACAGGAUGUGAGGAUCCCAUGUCAACAGAGGCGCAUGUUUGGAUUCGUGACGUUCGUCCAUGCUGAGACUGUAAAGAUGAUACUUGCCAAGGGCAAUCCUCACUAUGUCUGUGGCGCCCGUGUGUUGGUUAAACCUUAUAGAGAGAAAGGCAAGCUUGGGGACAGAAAGUAUGUGGAGAAAAUGGAGCCGCCGCUUUAUUCGCCUCAAUUUAUAGGCCAUGAAGAUGAGCUUCAUGCAGAGGCUCAUGAUCAAGCUGUUGAGCUUGAGAGACGACGUCUCUUCGAACUCCAACUGUUGUCGAAGGCACUGAACCAUCAGAAGUUUCAAAAUCGUUGCAUGAACCCUCACCCUUCAGAAGAUGACACGAAACUAAUGAAAGGUGAUCUCUAUUGCUUCCCUUCAGCGGAACAUUUUGGCUAUUUGCUUGAGGUCCUUAACAGUGACACCGUGCAAGAUGAGAAAAUUAAGAACGAAACCAAUAACUUCAAUGAUCAGGAAAGCCAAGCUUAUAACCUCCCUGAGAGUCCCUUCGCAUCUCCAAUUUCUGCAAGUAGCAUUUCAAUGGCCUCGUGAAAUGAAACUGAUGGACAAAGCAGUUGAGAUAAUCGUAUUUACAUGUGCAGAUAAUCACAACAAUAGUACAUAACUCAAAUCGGUUUUCCUCCAUUAACAAAGUUCGGAGAUCUCAAACUGAUGCAUUCCACUGACCUAAAGGCGUUGAAAGCCUGUUUUUGCUGUCCUUCCAUGCCCGGAGCAAGCCAAGGCAGCUAAUCCUUUUUUAUCUUCUUUUUUCUUUUCUUUUCUUUCUUUUUUUUUUUUUUUCUUUUUUUUUU